GGUUUUGUUUAACCUAGUGUUGGUAUGGCGCAUGCGCGAGAAAGAGGGGCACAGAAUUUGGCUGAGAUGGUUGAAAUGGGUGAUGGAGGUGAAGGCAUCAAGUCUAGUUCCUAUGAAAGGAUAGUUCUCAAGAACACUUCUGAAUAUCAUUAUCUGAAGAUCCGUCUGGAGUUAGAAGACCCUAACAUUAGCCUGAAUGCUGUUGAGUUCAAGCAACUCAUAAUCUCCGCUCUGAAACAUUUACAUGGUGAGGUUGGAGCAGCUUUACCUGUUGAUGUAUUGACAUAUGAAGAACAAAACUUGUCUGCAAUACUUAGAGUCCCCAAUAGUGGCCUGGUAAAGCUGUGGAGUGCUCUGACAUUACUUGGUUCCUAUCAGAACAGAGAUUGUGCUUUCAGGGUAAUACAGACUUCUCCAUUUCUUCUUGCAUUAGCUGGAAACAGCAGAGAGCUGGUGCUAGAUUAAAUACACAAGGCAAGUGGUUGGAGCCUCUGAAGUACCAGAGCUGUCCAAGAUGCUGAUAUCGUU